UGUGACGUUUGGAUUUUUUUGUCGGAAUAUAUCACUGUUGACCAACUCGAGGAUUAUUGUGCCGUUACGCAGCAGAGGCAAUUUUCCAAAUAGCUCGAUAUUUCGGCACUGACCUGGAUUUCGCGGGAAAAUUAUUCCUUGGAGACGAAGAUAACAAUCUGUCAACUGUCAUUUAUUGUUCGGGUGCGUUUGACAAACGAAAGUGGAUCGCAACUGUAAAGUGGAAAUAGCAGCAGAGUUUUUUCUUGGCCAGUGGGUGGUUCCGUCUACCGGUGGUCACUGAGCCAGUGGUGGUGGUGGUGGUGGUAAAAUAUCACGUACGAUGUGAUGUGUGCGGGACGAAUGUUGUCAUUUUCCGUUGGUGAUGGUUUUAAAUUGGAAGAUGAGAUAAAAUAAAUGUAAUAAAUUGCCAAUCCGAAGAUUCUGACAACACCGGAAGCAACCGAUGAAAAUUGAGUGUAGUAGAGUGCGCUCAGAUUGAAUAGGCAAUCAUCUCCAGUGAAGAGUAGAUUGGUCAGAAUAUAUUGGGUGUGCUCCGAGGAAGAUACGUUUUUCAAUUUUGGAGCCCCAUAAUAACCACGGGUUCAUCCUGGCUUUGGCAUUCAGACUCAGUGAACAGGAAAACACAGUAAACGAAUUGAAGGAAAAAGGCAGAAUUUAGUUUCGAGGAUAUUUUUGCUAGUACUUGGAGGAAAGGUCGGUGCUUUCAAGAAGACGUUCCGGUGAAUAGAAGGUGCCGUGUUACUGUCGGUCGCUAACAAUACCGGCUACUGAAGCGGAAUAUCAUCUAGAAAGCUUAUUUUCAUUACAAAAAAAAAAAUUAACGUGAAAUUAAAUCGAAAGUGGGUCAUAGUUGGAUUACAGAAGGUUGUUAUACUCAGUUGGUGGAAGAAUAUUUGCUACUAGAAUAAAAUCGGCAGAAGUACAUCAUCUUUGAAUAAAGGGUUUUAAUUGCCACAGCUGAAAUUCUGAUUGAAAGUGUCAUUCUGAAACAUAGCUUUUAGGAUAAAGUGCUUUUGCCGGUGGUGGCUUGGGUUGAAAACGCGUCGUUCACGAGUUCUUGCUACGCUGCUGUGUGUGAUACACAGGGGUUGUUUCAGAUGUUCCUGUAAAGAAAAUUGCAGUGUAGUUUGGAAACCCUUGCCGUAGAAGAAAAUGUUGUGAGAAGAAGCAGCUUGUGCAAAAUUGAGCUUACCCGCUAUUAGCAGAAAUCCCCAGUGAAGUUAGAAAAUAGCAGCGCAGCGAUCAUCACUGUCAUCGUCAUCAGCGCCGUCAGCCGUUUUGUUGUGUGUUCAACCCAGUUCUGCCGUUGUGGGAAAGUGUACUUUCCAAAGAAGCUGAAACGGGUAUCUCCGGGUAUCGUGGCUGUAUGUGAGUGUGUCUCCGUCGGUGUGUUUGUGCGUAAAAGUGCACUGGUUUCGCCCCCAAGCGGUUCCGGUUGCCAGUGACGGCUAUACAGGCCCUAGUGCCGGAAAGGAAAACAUACGCUUGGCCGCCCAUCAAACGGUGAUCUGCAUUCGAGAACGGGAGGCAGUAGGCGGCAUAUUUGCAAAACCAACAUCAAGCCGGAAGCUGCAUUUGGUUGGCUUGUUGUGGAAAAGCUGAAUGCAGCUGUCUAAAUAGAUACCCUGUGCUCUCAAACCAACUGCUCAUCCCGAAGCGCUACGAUUCUGUGGCGCCAACUGGUUACUCGAUACAGAAGCAGUUCUGAAUUAUGCAACGAUUCAACGGAAAACGAUAAGCGAUUUCCAUCUAAUGGACGGGAUUCGGCUUCAGUAGAUUUCAUCCUUUGGCGCCACCGCCGUGUAACGGAAGAUAAAAUCCAGUCAGUUGGGGACGGAGAAAACCGAGACCAGCCAACUCACCUGUCGUCGAGUUGAAAGUUUUCAAAUGGAUACCGUUCUCAGUACGGACCAAAUGUUUUCAAUGGCAAUAAAUUGAUUAAGUUUCAACAAGACGACUACUGGAAGGAGAGAAAUGAAGCAAGUUGUUCAAUGUACCAGUGAACUGGGCACUGGAAGGCAAUUGCAAGUAUAAGUCGGGCAAAAAGUGUAACUUUCAACAGUGUUCGAUCUAAAUAGAGAGAAUCAGCAAGAAAAAAAAUUUUGUAACGAGCAAGUGUUCAAGUAUAAAAGAAAAUACAAGGAAAAGCAAUAAACGUGAAAUUUCCGCAAACCGUAGGAUAUUUCCUUGAUAGCGCAGUAGAAGAAAAACUUUCUGUGGUACACACAAAACGAAUGGAAGAAAUUCACACAAAAUCCGGCGAAAACUGCAACAGCACAACACUAGAAAACUUCCCCAUGUGUCAGAAAAUGGGACUACAUGUGGUGGUGUGGUAGUGUGUGUUUGUGCGCGCGAGCGAGUGAGACUAUCCCGCGAGGAUAAGACACAGUAGUGUGCUGUCCUGAUUCCGUCGUCCCCGGUUGUCCAAACUGGCGAAACUAUAUCACAAUUUUUAUGCUGCUGCCAAAGUUCAACACUAGCCCGGUCCAAUGAAUGUGGUUCGACUGUUGCAGAUUAUAAUCGUUACAAAAUUCAUCAAAACUGGUAUCGCCGACAAGAACGACUACCCGCUCUACUUCGAGAAGGUUAUCUAUGAGGCUGAUAUCGACGAAAAUGUCGAAACAAACCACAACUUCCUCAACGUCACCGCAAAAACGCACGCUGAAGCGCCUGGUAUUCGAUACAAGAUCACAAGCGGUAACAUAGGUGGAGUUUUCACGAUCCACAACACCACCGGAGCUCUGUACGUAGCGAAAUCGCUUGAUUACGAAAAACUUAAAAAGUACGAGCUCCGGUUAACGGCAUCGGACAGCUUCAAGGAGAACUACACGACGGUGCUGAUUAACGUGAAGGACGUGAACGACAAUCCACCUGUAUUUGAGAAAUCAUCAUAUCGCACACAAAUCACCGAAGAGGAUGACCGGGGUCUGCCGAAGCGGGUGCUACGGGUUACAGCAUCGGAUGCCGAUGUGGACCGACCGAACAAUAUCAUCUACUUCCUCACCGGUCCGGGAAUCGACAUCGAAAAUCCAUCGGAGAGCAACUUCGACAUCAACAAGGCAACAGGCGAAAUAUUUGUGUUGAAGCCACUCAAUCGCGAUUCGCCCCACGGGCGGCCUUCGUGGAAGUUCACCGUUUUCGCACAGGACGAAGGUGGCGAGGGGUUGGUCGGCUUCACGGAAGUGCAAAUCAAUCUUAAGGAUGUGAACGACAAUGCACCGACAUUUCCGCAGGGCAUCUACUACGGAAAUGUCACCGAAAAUGGCACCGUCGGUAUGUACGUGAUGACAAUAAAAGCCGAAGAUCACGACGACAUUAACGAGGGUACCAACGCAAAAAUUGUCUAUUCGAUCGAAAAGAAUGCAAUCGAAGAAGAUACCGGUCUACCGAUCUUCGAUAUCAACCCGGACACCGGGGUCAUCAAGACGGCCGUGUGCUGUCUGGAUCGGGAAAAGACUCCCGACUACUCGCUGCAGAUUGUGGCAACCGAUGGUGGUGGUAUGAAGGGAACGGGAACCGCUUCCAUCAAGGUGAAAGAUUUGAACGACAUGCCACCUCACUUCACCAAAGACGAGUGGUUCGUCGAAGUGGAGGAAACUGAUGGAAACAUACUGCCGGAAGUUCCCAUCUUGACCGUCACGGUCAAUGACGACGAUGAGCUGAACAAUUUUCAGUACAAAAUCAUCGAAAGCAGCGGUUACGGAGCGGACAAGUUUGCAAUGAUAAAAAACAACGACGGAACCGGGAGCUUGAAGGUAAUCCAACCGCUUGAUUUCGAAGAUCCCAUGCAGGUGAAUGGAUUUCGAUUUCGCAUUCAAGUUCUGGACAACGAAGGCAUCAACGAUACCGACAAGUACCAUCUCGAUCACUCGUGGGUUAUCGUCAAACUGAAAGACAUCAACGAUAAUACACCCCGUUUCAGAAGGCCUCACAUGGAAGCUAGCACCUCCGAGAGUGACGAGAUCGGAAAGACGCUGGUCAGUUUCAAGGCCAUCGAUAUCGAUAAUGCCGGUAAGAGCAAAAUUACGUACAUGAUUAACCGGGCGACGGACCGGAAGCGCCAGUUCGCAAUCAACGAUGAAGGAACGGUCACAAUUCAACGCGAGCUUGAUCGUGAAUCCGUUUCGAAGUACAACUUGGAAAUACUGGCCAUCGAUGACGGAGUUCCUCCACGGACGGCCACGGCUACCCUGACCAUCGAGGUGAAGGAUGUCAACGACAACGCUCCGGUCUUUGCGGAAGAAUAUCGACCGAUUCUACCGGAGAACAGUCCGCCAUCGAAAAUCAUCGAGAUAUCUGCGAUCGACCAGGAUGACCGCAAAAUGAGCAAUGGUCCACCGUUUCAGUUUCGCUUGGACCCGGAAGCGGAUGAUGUUAUAAGAACUUCGUUCAAAGUAGAACAAAGCAACAAAGGCAAUGGUAUGGCGAUUGUUUCCUCACUGGGAUCGUUUGAUCGUGAAUAUCGGAAACAGUACGAAAUUCCAAUUGUUAUAAAAGAUUCGGGUAAUCCACCUCAAACCGGAACCAGCACAUUAACGGUGACCAUCGGUGACGUCAACGAUAACAUCAUGCAACCGGGAUCGAAGGAGGUUGUAGUUUACAACUAUCAGGGUCAAGCACCGGACACUCCGAUUGGUCGAGUGUUCGUGAAUGACCUGGACGAUUGGGACACAUCGGACAAGUUGUUCUAUUGGGAUGAAGUCGAAAAUCCACGAUUCAAACUGGACGAUACCUCCGGUAUGGUCACGAUGCGACGAGGUGCUCGUGAGGGUCGAUACAAGUUACGGUUCAAAAUCUACGACCGUAAGCAUUCCCAGGAAUCGUUUGCCAACAUGUCGGUGCUGGUGAAGCACAUUUCGUACGAAGCGAUUGUAAACUCCGGAUCGAUUCGACUGAUGGGUCUUACCGAUGAGGAUUUCAUCCGAAUAUGGGACUACCGAACACAGAACAUUUUCCGUAGUAAGCUGGAACGUUUCCGAGAUAAGCUGGCGGAAUUGUUGAAUAUUGAUAGGAAAAAUGUGGACGUGUUUAGCGUUCAGAUGCGGCAGACCACUCCACCACUGGUGGAUGUAAGGUUUUCCGCUCGGAAUGCGUUUUUCUUCAAGGCAGUACAGCUGAACGGAGUUGUUCUGUUGCACAAAGAGGACAUUGAACAGGCCGUUGGAAUUAACAUAACGAUGGUGAACAUCGACGAAUGUCUGGCCGAGAACGCCGAUUGCAACGGUUCUUGUACUAGUAUUAUGGAAGUUCAGACCAAUCCCAGUUUAGUGAAUGCCAACAAAACGGCACUGGUAGGUGUUCAGAUCAAGUCCACGGCCGAGUGUAUGUGCAGUGCACGGGAAUACAAACAGCAGCAGACAUGCAAAUCGCACCCGUGCCUGAACGGUGGUCGCUGUACGGAUAGCAAAUCCGGUGUUCGUUGUUCUUGUCCUCCCGGGUACAGUGGACCUCGUUGUCAGCAAACUGUUCGCAGUUUCCGUGGUAAUGGCUGGGCUUGGUAUUCGGCACUGGAUAUGUGCGACAAAUCUCACAUUAGUGUAGAAAUUAUUACAACUAAAGCCGACGGGUUAGUGUUUUACAAUGGACCCAUCGUUGCUCCGAAUGACGAAGAUGAUCAAACACAGACGGAUUUCGUUGCACUGGAAUUGGAACAGGGAUAUCCGAGAUUUUUGAUCGAUUACGGCUCCGGUACGCUAGAGCUAAGAAUACAAACCAAACAACCUCUGAACGACGGUGACUGGCACCGGAUCGAUUUGUUCUGGGACUCCGAACGGGUCAAAAUGGUUGUGGACUACUGCAAAACUGCAGUCAUAUCGGAAGCCGAGGACGGCAAUCUCGUUGAGUUUGUAGACCACACAUGCCAGGCCAUCGGCCGUGUGCCGCAGUUCAACGAAUACCUGAACCUGAACACACCGCUCCAGAUUGGCGGGGUAUUCCGGGAAAAGUUUGACUACACCUAUCAACGCUGGCAGCACAUGCCGUUGGCAGCUGGAUUCGAGGGUUGCAUAAGAAAUUUCAAGCACAAUGGAAUUUUGUACGAUCUAUCACAUCCGGGACUUUCCAAGGGUACCAUGCCCGGUUGUCUGUUCACCCAGGAAGUUUGCGAUCUGAACCCACAGGUGGCCAAGUGCAUGGAACACGGUAAAUGCAUUGGAAACUAUGAUGAAGCCAAGUGUGAAUGCCAUCCGGGCUGGUCCGGAACGUACUGUAGUCUACCGACGACGCCGACUACCUUCAAAACUCACAGUUACGUUAAAUAUGCACUUAGUUUUGAGCCGGACAAGUUCACGACGCAGAUUCAACUGCGUUUCCGAACGCGCGAAACCUUCGGUGAACUGUUCCGCAUCAGCGAUCAACACAUGCGGGAGUACGGCGUGAUUGAGCUGAGGGAAGCCAAGCUACUGUUCCGGUACAGUCUGAAUUCCGGCCAGGUGGAAGAGCACGAAGUGUCCCUCAGUGCCGUCGAGGUGGACGACGGUCAGUGGCAUGUGGUGAAGAUUCAACGGUACGGCUCGGCUGCCAUCCUGGAGCUGGACGGCGGCGAGGGUGCCAAUUUCAAUCAAAGCUUUUCCUUCGACGGACAUCAGUGGCUUUCGGUGGACAAACAGGAAGGUGUUUACGCGGGCGGAAAACCGGAGUACACGGGUGUGAAAACGUUCGAUGUUCAGGCUGACUAUCAGAAGAGCUGCAUCGAUGAUAUCAGAUUGGAUGGCAAAAGUCUUCCACUGCCACCGGCAACCAACGGGACCCAGUGGGGCCAGGCAACGAUGGCCAAGAACAUCGAGCGGUACUGUUCGUCCAAUAAUCCGUGCCAGAAUGCGUACUGUCCGGAACCGUUCGAGUGCGUCGAUCUCUGGAACAAGUACGAGUGUGCGUGCGGCGAUGGCAUGAUCAUUUCGCCUGAAGGGAAAACCUGUAUCGAUCGGAACGAGUGUCUGGACUAUCCCUGUUUGAACGGCGGAACCUGCAUCAACCAGGAGCCCCGGUUCAAGUACAAGUGCAUCUGUCCGGACUCGUACUGGGGCGAAAGUUGUGAAUUCCUGAAGGAACGACAAGCGUUGAAGUUCAGCACAAGUGCCUUGGCUGCCGUCAUAACAUGUCUAUUGCUGAUUAUUAUUUUGUUAUUUCUCUAUUUUUCCUGUUCUCGCCGCCGUUCGGCCAACUUCAACAAGAAACCGGCAACGAAGGACGACAUCCGCGAGAACAUAAUCAACUACUGUGAUGAGGGAGGCGGAGAAAACGACAUGACCGCAUUCGACAUGAAAACCCUCAAGAUCCCGAUAGGACCACUGCCGGAACUGGUGCAACACAAGGCACCACCCGUUCGUCCCGAUAUUGCCGUCGUGUCCGACCAGGUCAUCACCAAGGUCGACGUGUUCCUGGACGAUCGGAAACGACGGGCGGACGUCGAUCCCGCCUCCGGACCGUUUGACGACCUCCGGAACUAUGCCUACGAAGGCUGUGGGAGUACGUCUGGCUCGCUAAGUUCCUUACAGUCAGGUACUGAUGAUGAACCCCAUGAGUAUAACUUUUUAACGGCAUGGGGUCCGCGGUUCGAUAGGUUAGUUAAUAUAUAUGAACCAAAAUUACAAAUCGAAGAUGAUGACGUUAGUUAAAACUAGCUCUUUUGUGUUGGCCCAUUGAUGUUUUGCUACUCCGCAGCGUACGUGUAGUUAACUAUUUUUGUUUUUAUGAAUUCGAACAGUGUAGAUAUCAGAAAAAAAGAAUACUAAUAUUAAACCGGAAUAAUAUUGUAAGCGGUUAGAAAGCCUCUCAAAAUUGAUGGCCGAAAACAAUUUGAAAUGUUGUACAUCCAAACAAAAAGAUUAAAACAGAGUUUAGCUAAUAAGUAGUUAAUAAGUAAAUCAAAAUAGUGAAAAGAAGAGCAUGUUACCUUUUUCAGUGCUCUGUUCCAGAAAACAAGGACUGUUGGUUGUUUUCCCUGGUAGCGAGAAUUGAUUGACUAAGUUGUUGAAGAGUAGGUUCAAUAGUUUGCAAACUGUUAAAGACCCGAUUUUUUUCGUCUCUAUUUUCGAGAAUUUAAUAAAAAGUUGCUUAGUUUCAACUGCUUAGGAAAAUGUCGAAGAAUUUCGUCCAUUAGUCCGCGGGAACAACUGUCACCAGAAUAGGAACACCAAAUGAGCUAAAACAUAUUUGCAAUUCACGGGAAAAAAUAUUUGUUAUCUACUUGACUGCGCACAGCAAAUUUUAUGGGUAGAGAAAAAAACUGAUCGCUAUCAAAAAUUCAUCACUCAGCAAGGAAACGACAAAAAAGAAACUGCGAAUAUCCGAACCGUGCACUGGACAAUACGUUACUUGAAUCGUUGAUGAUUUCCCAGGCGAUAUCCUCGUUUCGAAAAGCGAUUGAUUGGGAUAAUUGUGUUCACAUGAAAGAGGAAUCUCCAACGUAUGGCGCAACUGUGCUAUGUUAUUUAUUUUUUUUUUUCAUAUUAUGUUGGCCGGUUUCGCUGUUGCAACCAACAAAAUAAUCAAACCGUAAAGAGAGCGUUUUUUUGUCAGUUUUUCAAUCAUAAUACCAUUCAAAGGGAAUCCAUUCGUUUUGUUGUUCCUGCUGAGCAUAAAUAUCAAAACCUUGUGCAAAAUCGAGUUCAUGAAACAAACACCGCAACAGAUAGAAAGAGAUAGCAGCAAAGGUGAACAGACAAUGCCAAACGACAUUUUCUGGAAGAAGAGUACCAGAAAUCCAAAAACGAUAUUGCAAAUGGGCAUGCCAGCUGCGAGGAAAAUAAACAUUUUCGUUAGAAAAUCAAUUUGUAAAUAUUAAAGGUAAGCUCAAACAGUAUUUUUUACCGUAUUCGUUGACGUCGUCGAAAAUAGAUGAGAGAAAAGAAAACCAUUUCAGCGCUCUCAGAAAAUACGAAUAAAUAUUUAUAAUAGUGCUAACACAUGUACACACACAAAAAAAAAACAAACUUCCAGAUAGGACAUGACAAACAAAUCAAAAAGAGCGCAAUGGAAAAGUGAAGUGCAGAUUCUACACUCCAACAUGAAUCAAAUGUAAAAUCGAAUCUUUGAAAGUCUGAGGAGAAACCGUCGUUCUGCGUUCCAACAAAGCUGGGGACAUGCUGCGAAGUGUACAUGCAAUGCAUGUCGUUGGUUUUAAUUUUUUUUUCUUGGUGCAAAUGUAACAUAAAGCAGUACCACUCGUUCAAACCGAAGAUUCGAGCAAACGAUGCAAUUUUUGGACCGUAAAAAUGGGAAUGAACAAACAAAAUGAAACCGUUUAACGAAAUAUAAACUGUCUCAAUCCGGAAUGAUUUCAAUGUGGUUUUGGUUUUUGUCCGUUAUCAUAUUCGGUGGUUUACCUCCAUAUCGGAAUCCUUCGCCAUUUGUGUAUGGUUUUUCAAUCUGAAAUCCAAUGUCAAACUGUGUAAGAAUUUCAAUGACAUUUCAGAAAUAAAAGUAACUUUUAGGUACGAGGGCAGGUCAGUAAGUCCGUGACUUUUUGAAUAUUCGGCCUCUUGAUUGUAAUGACAACAUUAUUUCUGUCAACAGACAACUGUUAGUCGAUUCCAGUUAAAAAUUAGCGUUAGCAUUGACAGUAGCAUUAGAUACCGCUCGUGUGUUGGUACUUCGUUAUUGAUCAGAACCAAUUAAGCUUGAAAAAUGUUUUUCUGAAACAACUUGUUUGGAAAUAGCACGUAGUUUCACAUUAUGUAAAUUACAUUGAUCCCUCAAAUGCAGAUCUACUUGGGGAUGAAGAGUUGUUAGUUCAAUGCACGUUGCUACGUUGAAAUCGAGGAAUCCUCUGCAUUUCCACAUGCAUCACAGGGAGGGCUUGUUUGUUAGUGAAUUUUCGAAUAUUAUCAUGUGUUUAUUACUCUGGGUAGCCGGUUACCGACACGGAACGACCGGAGUUAGCUCUGCGCCUAAUUCGUAUUACUGUUUUUGAAUUAGUUGAUUUUAACAACAAAAUUUCCAAAAUAACUAUAAAAUUAGUUAAAAUUGAGAAUUUACUUUGCUGAAAAAACUCUUAUUUUUAGAGAAUGUGUUUAGUUGGCGAAUAUUCUGGACACAAACCAGCAAUAUUUCAAUCCAGUACGAAAUUCUCAUUGACAACAAAUUUUGUUAUUAAAAUCAGAAAAUUUGUUUCUAUUUAUCUAUCACCAUCAUUAUUGAAGGACAGGACAAAGAAAACAAAAAUGAAAUUGGUUUUAUUAACAAGUUUAUUAGCUGAAAGCUCAUGAGAAGUGUCAAAGCAAAACAAUCCAUUAAAAAGCUAAAAGGGACAGUCUUGUUCAAACUGCUUGUUUAGAUGUUUUUCGCAUGUGUUACGAUAUAUCCAUAUAUAAAUUCCUAAACCGAUAUGUAAAAAUGACGUAAACUGUUAGUGGAAAGUGUAUUUAUUCAGAAUUUGUGCGCAUUUAAAGCGAUUGUGCGUAAUAAUGUUUUUACGGGGAACAGUGAAGUGAGUUUCGAAUGUUGCACUCUAAUUGUAUAUGUCAAAUGAUGUUUUUUGUAUCUUCCAACCUUCUGGGCUACGUUGUCCGGUGUACUACUUGUAUUCGGUUUUUGUUUUCCGAGUGCUCAAAGUUUUCAGUGAGAUAGUCAAUUUCGCGAAGUCGAAUGAAGAAAACAGCAAUUGAGAAGGAAAAUGUUCAAAAAGAAGUUUAUGUUUCGCUUAUGUCUUUUUCUCCAAUACAACAUCGUAUUUAUACCUGACAAUAUAGAAAAGAUAAUCGAGACUGAAAUUUUUUUCGGUUGUCGUGUGCCAUCUAGUGGCUAGUAGUCAUUACGGUGUUAACGUUUUUUCGGUGACAGAGCGCCAUAUAGCUGCAAAUGGCAGAAACCAAUUCAACCAUUUAUGUUGGUUGAAAACAACGUUUUAUUUCUCUAAUUCAACUAAAAAAUUAGUUGCAUGGAUAUGAAGCGUGCCUUAGCUAAGAAAUGACAGCACGUUUAAUUGGUGAAUUCAACUAAAAAAAUAGCCAUUUCAACAAAUAUUUUAUUAUUAUUAAGGGAAUUAGAAUUAAAAAAUCUAAAUUAGCAAAAGUAAAAUUUUUUUAGUUUUUUUUCAAAAAAUAACUAAAAUCAGAAAAUCAACUAAUUUUUUCGCCAAAAAUCUGAUUUCGGUCUUUCCGUGGAGAAAAAAUUGCAAUUUUAUCGUGUUUUGUAUUCAUAAGCACGGUUGCCAGAAAUAUCUGCACGGUUAGAGUUUAUCUCGUGCGCUUAUCUAACGCAGCGUUUAUCCCGAAAGAAAUAGAACUUCGAGCAAUGGAAAAAAGGGAAAUGGGCAUUAUUUUUUUAUUGAACAAACCCAAUUACCGCAGCUUGAUAAAUAUUGUGGGGACUAUGCGUCAUCUAAUUGGUACACUACAUGGUUUUACAGAAUUGGAAAUUGAAGCUUGUGGAGCUUGUGAAAAUCAUACUUCUCUCAGUGGUUCCAAUUUUGAAUGAUCACUUGAGGAGACGGGUAUAGCAUGAUGGGAUAGUCGAUGCCUAUCACGCAGCCCGCCUGGGUUCGAUUCCCAACCCCGCACAUAGGGCCAGAAAGAUUUUCUGGUCCGAAGAGACGAAUGACUUUAAGAUGUUAAAACCUCUAUAAUUGAAACAAGAAAAAAAGAUCACUUGGAUGUGAGAAACUUUUUUCGCGCUUUCGCACAAUAUGGACGUGUUUUUGCUCCGUUCCAUAACUUAAAACGAGACGUCGAUCCACCCCAACAACGCACCGGAGACCAAACCGCAGUCGAAAUAGUAUUCGAAUACGAAUCAGUGCCGAAAACGACAAACGUGGGGUUGUUAGUAAAUGAAGUCAUGGCGGCCAUUUUCUGAGAUGCCGACGGUAUAAUCCACUGACUACCUUCAAAUGGGGAAAAUCAACCAACGGCGAAUACCAUACCAACUCAUUGUGUCGAUUCAAUAAGGAAUUGUAAAAAAACCGACCGCAUUUGGCCAAGAAAAAAGUUCUUUUUCACCAGGACAAGUCAUAUGCUCAAUUUUCAUGAUAAAAAUCUUUGAAUUGGGCUACGAACUGUUUCCCAUCCACCCUAUCCACUUGAUUUAGUCCCGAAUGACUAUUUUAAAAACUUGGAAAAAAAUCUCAGAGAAAGAAAUAUUUCCCAAACUUGGAGCUGGAUUGAGAUUUGACUGCAUUAACGAAAUAUUCUCACAAACAAAUGAUUGUAUCAUUCGAAAACAUCACGGUCCUAUUGUAUUGAGCUACCGGGGUUGGUUGUUUAAUGUACUGGGCCUUAACCUUAUAAACCAGUUGUUGUAUGUUCAAUCACCAACCUGAAAAGAUUCUAAAUGUCAAUAUCGUUUGAAUUUCAUGUAAAAACUUUGCGUUUACUUAAUCAACAACUCUCUGCUUCAAAGUAAUAUAAACUCGUUUAUCUGAGCUAUCCUUUUUUUAACUGUAUUUAUUAAGGCACAAUGUGGUUAGCUUAAUGAUGCCAAGGGCAUUUUCUUAUAUUUUUUUACAACUUGUGUAAUGGCUGGAAGGAUAGGUCUUCCAUGUAAUGGUUUGUCCUUGUGGGUCCGCGGUGAGCUAGCCUUUAUUUACGUUUGGGGAAUUGCAGUCAGUAGCUAGAAAAUCUGAAUGUACCUGAAAUUUUAAAAAAAAUCUGUGCUAAAAUCUUAUAUUUUUCAUGAAAACUAAUCGAAGGCAAUUUUCGAACAAAGCUACAUCAUCCAAAUGUUACCAAGUUCACUUUACUCAUAAAAGAACUAAUGAAAACAAAAAUCUGAUAUGUUAUUUUGCUUUAGGAACCCCGAUCAUAUUCAUAAAUGUGACUAGGUUUCACAGUAACAGAAACUUGAACUAAGGCAAUCAGAUAAAUACAAUCUUCUAAAUGAAUAAGAAGGCAAGCGCAUCUUCGAGAAAUGCUUUUGAAGAAGUUUUACGCUAGCUUGUUGAAAAAGAACGCCAACGUCAUUCAAAUUUUCCUAGAGGCUUUUCUGCAAGUUUUUUUUUCAGUUUUGACUAGUUUAGGAAGACGAGACGAUGUUCUUAUUCCAUUCCAUGCACAACAGUGAUCACUUCACUGCAUGCUCUCUACAAGCAAAGUCCUUGGCAUUACAUUCCUUCUGUAGCAAUUGACCUCUCUGUUUCAAAAGACUCCGCAGACGAUUCUGACACUAAUUUUUUUUCCAGAUCAGAACUCGAACAUACGACAACUGGCUUGUUAGACCAACGCCCUACGUAUUGAACUGCAAACCCGGGACGAGUUAUCGUCUUCUGGAAGAGCAUAAUUUCGGUUGGCAGGUCAAAACAUAUACAACGAUUGUCUUCAUAUAGCUUCGUUAGAAAAUUUAGAGCAUUGUCGCUGCAUUCAAAUUCUGCGUCGAAAGCUUCAUGUAGUCAUCCAGUGUCAUCCACACUCUGAAAAGUACCUCCAAAUAUUCAGGUCUUUCGAACGCUGACCGCAAUUGGUAAUGGUUCUUGCAAAACUCGGGAAGCGAUUUCUCCGAAAGUCGUUUUGCCGAAUGGGUCAAUUCGCCAAAAGUCGUUUCACCGAAUAGGUCAUUUCGUCGAAAGGAAUAUUUGACUGGAAGGGAAAUAUAUCAGAAUAUAUCACAUUAAUAAUUUUUAUAAAAAAUCUAUAAAUUUAGGAUAUUUAUAUGAUUUGAUAUUUAUAUGUUUUAUUCAUUAAAAAUAUUUAUUUGUCGGACAGCACACGAACAAAAACGUGUGGCAAUCUAAAAAACUUAAGCAAAACCCGAGUAGAGUGUGAGAUUAAAAAGAAAACUCGAUUUGAUGUUGUGCUGUUCGUAUAUAUCGAUUACUUAAUUUGCCAUCGUUUCGGUCGUUUUAACGGUUAAAAGAUCAAAAUUGAAAGCAGAAAAAUGCUGUGUGACAUCAAACUGGAAACUAGUUUGGCUCUCAGUGAAAGCACAUUGAAAACUUAAUAUGAUGUAGAUUUUCUCGAAAUGACGCGUCAGGAGCAUAAUCUAAAAAUAGAACAGCCAAAAAAGGUCCGGGAUAGUAUACAUUUGGGCGAUAUUCUCGCAAGCAAGAAAAAAGAUUUUAUGCAAUCUCCAUAUUAGUCGCAAGCAAGAAAAAAGAUUUCAUGCAAUCUCCUCCACACUACCGCGGAGAGAAUCCGGUUUCGAACUUAGGUGUUUUGGAACUUUUUACGAUUGCUAUGGACUGUAAGUGCUAGCUAUCAGGACAUGGAAAAUGUUCGGUUAUAUGACAAGCAGGGUUGUUUCACAAUGUUGUAUACAGGUAGUUUCUGUCAGUGCACACUCGUUGCGUCGCUUUCAUCCCGCUUCCAUCCCGCUUCCACCGUGAAUAGCAGUGUGCCUAUUUGAGCACAGUAUGAAAAUGUUCUCUUUGUCCUUCUCAUAUUCAAAGCUGUAGCAUUCGAGCAUUAUAACAUUAAAUUGAGUUAUCUACUUGAUCUGAAACAACUCGCACAUGUAAUCACUUUGAAAUACGAAUUCAGAGGCUCUGAAGACCGAACGUUUUACAGUGACUUCUCCUACCACACAGGGAACGUGAAUUAGGAAUCUGGCAAUAAGGUAUCCCAAAUCAUUUGUUUUUUCAACAAAUUGGGACAAUGAACGAUUAUCUCGCUUCUGACCACAGAUAGAACCAGAAUCUCUUCAAUAAAUUUUUAGUUCUGGUGUAGACUUAUAAUUUACAAUCAUUUGAUGCAGAAUUAGUCUUGUGACUCAAAAUUGUAAAGAUUCAAUGAGACGGUUUCUUUAGAAAAGUCUAUUAAAGUUCCAAGAUCUAUUAGAUGAUUGAUAAAACACUUCUCCUAAUAUCUAGCGUUAGUAAGUAUAUGAAGUUCUAAGCAUUUAUAACUAGGUGUGAGAAUUGUUUUGAAGAGUGUCUUCGACAUAGUUUGUGUACUACUCCUAAUAUACAAAUUAAACAUAUAUUUUCUUACUGGCUCCUCUAAGCCAGUAAAGUAUUAUUAAGAAUUAGCUCUAGGUUCUGAAAUCUGAGACAUUCAAUAUUCGAUGUUCGAAGUUCGUAAACAAUGAAUUUUUCCAUACUGUUGGAUAUAAAGUUAUGGGUAUUUUCAGAACGGGUUUGGCGAGUAGAUUAUUUUCACCAUCCAGUUCCCCAAUUUCUGGAUACACUGAAAAUAAUGGUCUAAAAAUUUUGGAAUGAACUUCGCGACGUCGUAUGAUUACAAAUAUCGAAACAGUUUUUUAAACUGAACGCAAAAAUUGUUACAGGAUCGGAUACUUAACGUAUCUAGAAGGAAAUCGAUUACGUCAAAUAUAUUUCUCAUGUCAAAUUCUUAAAUAAGCUCCUUCUACGGCAGACGAUCAGCGAGAUGGGAAUGCCAAAGCCACUAUUCAAAUUGACCUGCUUCAGACAAACGUGGUACCGAUGAUCACCAAUUUAUCUAAUGCCUUCCAGACGUGUGGUUUGACACCAAUAUUCUCGUGGUUAAAAAGAAAGAGCAUUAUUUGCGUAAAUGUUGAAAAAAUGUUGAAAAAAAUCGAUUCUUCGCGGUUAUGGUUGCGGUUAACUGCAGGAUCUCGGCAGGAUGUCAAAGCAUUUUUGUAAAAGGUAACUAGGAAUAAUUCUUCCAUUGAAACUUAACUUUGUAUUUUUGUGCUGCCAUUUGAAAUUUGCUCAAUUUCAAUGGAUUCACUAAGUUGUUGAUUUUAAUAUUUUCAUUUUUUGAGUUUCACAAAACUUUUGCCUUUAAACAGCAAAAUGAUAACACAAUGUGGUAUUAAUUGAAAAUUUGAUGAGUCGAUAUCAUAUUAGGAUUUCAAUCUGAUGUUGCUAUUAUAAUCGAAUAUCAAUUUGUUCUAAUUUUGAUGUUAGACUUUACUCGGGAAGUGUUGUCUUUCUUGAAUAAACGUGAGGAAAUGAGAUUGUCCGUUAUUUUAUAUGAAAGAUACUUCAGAAGUACGAUUGUAGUUCAACAAAACGGGCGUGGACAUUAGCAUCUUCCGUUUGUCAGUACAAUUAUACGAUUCGGCGAAAUGUCGUUAGGCGAACUAACCCUUUCGCUGAACGAAACGGCUUUCGGUGAAAUGGCUUUCGGUGAAUUGACCCUGACCCGUUCUGUGCCUGCCACUCAUGACUUCGUUAUUCCAUCGCACCCUGGGAAGCCAACCGAUUUGUAGGUCCAUAAGCCGAAUUUAUUACGAUCGUUGUCUUUUAUUCGUCACCUAGCAUAUUGCCGUCACCUAGGUAUUCCGAGUCGUGUAAUU